AACACUCUGCAACAACCUCUCACUCACUUCCACCAUGGUUUCUCUCACAGCAACCAUCCUCAAAUCCUCACUCUUCACCCAAUCCACAACCCACGGGUUCCCCACCAACCCGAUAACCCGACGACGAUGCCACGUCACUCUCCCAAUAACCGCCAACGCCUCCCGCAAACCCCAAAACAUGAUCCCAAAAAACCCGCCGCCGCGUCAAAACCUCUACCAACCUUUCCGACCACCGUCCUCCCCCGUCCCACCUCAAUUCCGCUCCCUCGACUCCGCCGGAAAAAUCGAAAUCCUCGCCGGACGCCUGGCUCUCUGGUUCGAAUACGCUCCCCUCAUCUCCUCCCUCUACGCCGAAGGCCUCACCCCUCCCAACAUCGAAGAACUCACCGGAAUCUCAAGCAUCGAGCAGAACCGUCUCAUCGUCGGCACACAGGUCCGCGACUCCAUCGCUCAGUCCCUCCACGAACCAGAGCUCAUCGCGGCGUUCGACACGGGCGGCGCUGAGCUUUUAUACGAGAUUCGUCUCCUCAGCACCACGCAGCGCGUCGCCGCCGCUGCUUACAUUAUAGAUCGUGGUUUUGAUUCGAAGAAGGCGCAGGACUUGGCGCGGGCGGUUAAGGAUUAUCCUAGUCGGCGUGGAGACGUUGGUUGGGUUGAUUUUGAUUAUAAUCUCCCUGGAGACUGUCUUGCGUUUUUGUAUUAUAGGCAGAGUAGAGAGAAUAAGAAUCCGUCGGAGCAGAGGACGUCGAUGCUUCAGUUAGCUUUGGAUGCGGCGGAGUCUGAGAAGGCUAGGAAGAAGCUGGAGAGAGAGUUGAAUGGAGGGGAGGAAGAGGAGAAGGUGAAGAAGGAAGAGGAAGUUAAAGCGGUUACGAUUCCGGUAGUGAGGUUAAAGUUCGGUGAGGUGGCAGGAGCGAGCAAUGUGGUUGUUUUACCGGUUUGUAAAGCGGAGGAAGGUGAGAGGAGUGUUCUUGAAGCUCCGAUGGAGAGUAAGGCUGGUGGGGAGUUUAAGGUUGUUGAGGCGGAGAGAGGGUGGAAGAGAUGGGUGGUUUUACCGGCGUGGAAGCCGGUGGCGGCGAUCGGGAGAGGCGGUGUAGCGGUUUCUUUUAGGGAUGAUAGGAAGGUUUUGCCUUGGGAUGGAAAGGAGGAGAGUUUACUUGUGGUGGUGGAUAGGGAGAAGAGUGUGGUGGAAGGUGGUGAUGGAUACUAUCUUGUGGUGAGUGAGAAUGGGUUGAAGUUGAAGAAAGGAUCGGUGUUGAAGGAAGGGAAUGUUGGGGAGAGUUUAGGGAUGGUUCUUUUGGUUGUUAGGCCACCGAGAGAAGAUGAUGAUGAUUGGCAGAAUAGUCAUGAAAACUGGGACUGAGUCCAUGUUCUGUAAUAGAAACAUUUUGAGACAUGAUCAUGUAUAAUUUUUGGAUAAAGGUUUGUUUUAAGACACAAUGAGAUGAAACAGAGCAAAGAUUUUC